CACGUGUAAACCUACACCCGCCCCUCCGUAUUCUGAAAUUCCCCUCCCCACCACACGUCGCCACUCCUAGAAAACGAACCACCACCACGAUCUGGUGAUUAGUGGUAUUCCGGUGACACCACCGCCGCCUCCGCCGCAGACCUGAACUAGGUUUUUUUCUGCACCGCUUCCUUUCUACGCGACCACUAGAUCUAGAAGAUUCUACAACACUCGACUCUCUCCGGAAGUUUCUUCGGAGGUGAGAAUUCCGAAUGGAGUCGAUACUGGCACGAGCAUUAGAGUACACGCUUAAGUACUGGCUCAAAUCAUUCACCAGAGAUCAGUUCAAAUUGCAGGGCCGUACCGUCCAACUCUCCAAUUUAGAUAUCAAUGGUGAUGCUUUGCACGCCAGUCUCGGAUUGCCUCCCGCACUGAAUGUCACAACAGCGAAGGUCGGAAAAUUAGAGAUUAUGCUUCCCUCUGUAAGUAAUGUACAAAUAGAGCCCAUUGUUGUGCAAAUUGAUAGGCUCGAUUUGGUUCUGGAGGAGAAUGAUGAUAUGGAUGCAUGUAAGAACACAAGUAGUGCACAGUCAUUCCCCAGCCCUGGAAAGGGAAGUGGUUAUGGAUUUGCCGACAAGAUUUCAGAUGGAAUGACUGUAGAAGUGCGUACUGUCAAUCUUCUUCUUGAAACUCAUGGGGGUGCUCGACAGAAAGGAGGAGCAACUUGGACAUCACCAAUGGCAUCUAUUACCAUCCGCAACCUUUUGCUCUACACUACUAAUGAAAGUUGGCAGGUAGUCAAUCUGAAGGAAGCGAGGGACUUUUCCAAUAAUAAAAAGUUCAUUUAUUUAUUCAAGAAACUUGAAUGGGAAUCUCUAUCUGUCGACCUUCUGCCUCAUCCGGACAUGUUUGCUGAUGUUCAUUUUGCGUCUUCUCGAGAGGGAUCCAACAAGAAAGAUGAUGAUGGGGCAAAGCGUGUUUUUUUUGGUGGAGAGCGAUUUAUCGAAGGAAUAUCAGGACAGGCUUAUAUCACAGUACAGAGGACAGAACUAAAUAGUCCACUGGGGCUUGAGGUUCAGUUACAUAUCCCUGAAGCUGUUUGCCCCACUUUAAGUGAACCAGGAUUGCGUGCUCUUCUCCGCUUCUUUACGGGAUUUUACGUAUGUCUAAAUAGAGGAGAUUUGAAUCCAAAUGCUCAGCAGCGUUCCACAGAAGCAGCAGGACGUUCCCUAGUCUCUGUUAUUGUGGACCACAUAUUUCUUUGCAUCAAAGAUUCUGAGUUCCGGCUUGAACUUUUAAUGCAGUCGCUUUUCUUUUCUCGGGCAAGUGUUUCUGAUGGAGACAAUGCAAGAUGCUUGACACAGGUGAGGAUAGGCGGACUGUUUUUAAGGGAUACCUUUUCACGCCCUCCAUGCACCUUAGUGCAACCAUCAAUGCAGGCCGCUACAGAAAGUUGUCUGCAUAUUCCAGAGUUUGGUAAGAGCUUUUGUCCUCCAAUAUAUCCAUUGGGAGACCAGCUGUGGCAAAUAAAUGAAGGUGUUCCUCUGAUAUGCCUCCAUUCUCUUCAGGUCCAGCCCUCCCCAGCACCACCAUCUUUUGCUUCACAAACGGUUGUUGAUUGUCAGCCUCUUAUGAUUCAUCUUCAGGAAGAAUCCUGUCUGAAGAUUGCUUCCCUGUUAGCUGAUGGAAUUGUGGUUAAUCGUGGAGAUAUUUUACCUGAUUUCUCAGUUAACUCCCUCAAAUUCAAUCUCAAAGGAUUAGAUAUCACUGUUCCUCUGGAUACGGGAAACUCAAUCUAUUCUACAGCCAAUAGCGAACCAAAUUUUCAGAGCUCUUUUGCUGGAGCAAGGCUUCAUGUUGAGGAUUUGUUUUUCUCAGAGUCACCUUCCUUAAAACUCAAGCUACUGAACCUGGAGAAGGAUCCUGCUUGCUUUUGUCUCUGGGAAGAUCAACCAAUUGAUUCUAGCCAGAAGAAAUGGACUGCUGGAGCCUCUCUUAUUAGUUUGUCUCUAGAAACACGUAAUGACUCAACUGGACUUCUGAGUUCUCUUAACACAUCUUCAGGUUGCUGGAGGUGUGUUGAGCUGAAAGAUGCUCGUGUUGAGGGGGCUAUGGCAACUGCAGAUGGCAGUCCAUUAUUAAUCAUUCCUCCUCCCGGAGGAUUGAUCAGAGUUGGGGUUGCUUGUCAACAAUAUUUGUCAAACACUUCAGUUGAACAGUUGUUUUUUGUUCUGGAUCUCUAUGCCUACUUCGGUAGGGUCAGUGAAAAGAUAGCCAUAAUUGGAAAAAGUAACCGAAUGAAGAAAAUUAGAAAUGAAUCAGUAGGUGGAAGCCUAUUGGAAAAGGUUCCUAGUGAUUCUGCUGUAAGCUUGGCAGUGAAGAAACUCCAGCUAAGAUUUCUGGAAUCUUCUUCUGCAGUUCUUCAGGGAAUGCCGCUGGUUCAGUUUCUUGGAGAAGAUCUAUUCAUCAAAGUUACUCAUAGAACCCUUGGCGGUGCCAUAGUUAUUUCAUCCAAUUUACGCUGGGAGAGUGUUGAGGUGGACUGUGCAGAUGCUGACGGAAAUUUGGCACAUGAGAAUGGUAUUCCAUUACCUACUCUUGAAAAUGGUCUUUCAAUUGUCGGGAAUGGAUGUCGUCAGCUGAGAACUGUCUUUUGGGUGCAAAAGAGACUGAAAUGUCAAUCAAAUGGUAACACUCCUUCAAUUCCUUUUUUGGACAUAAGCAUGGCGCAUAUGAUUCCAUACAGCACACGGGAUAUGGAGUGCCAUAGAUUGACUUUGUCAGCUUGUAUUUCUGGUGUUCGACUUGGGGGAGGAAUGAAUUAUACCGAAGCCCUCUUACAUCGAUUUGGAAUAUUGGGGCCAGAUGGUGGUCCUGGGGAGCGGCUCUCUAAAGGGUUAGAAAACUUAUCUGCAGGGCCUUUGUCGAAACUUUUCAAAGCAUCACCUCUUAUUGCAGAUGAGCUCCAAGAUAGAAUGGACAACGGAACUUCAGGAGAUGGGAAUGACAGUGCUUUCUUGCACUUGGGUACACCUGAUGAUGUGGACUUAUCUGUAGAAUUGAAAGAUUGGUUAUUUGCCCUUGAAGGUGCACAGAACAAUGAAGAAGAGUGUUUGUUACAAAAUCAUAAUGAUCUUGGCAGGGAAGAGAGGUGUUGGCACACAACUUUCCAGAGUUUGCUAGUGAAAGCAAAAAGUAGCCCAAAGCAUGCAGUGAAUGGCAAAGAAAAAUCAUUUCGACCACAGAAAUAUCCUGUCGAAUUGAUAACAGUUGGUGUGGAAGGUUUGCAGACCUUGAAGCCCCAGUCACAAAAGCAUAUCCUUCAGAAUGGAUUACAUCUGGAAGGGCCCAAGGAGGCUGUUGAGGUAUAUGGUGGGAUAAAUCUGGAAUUUGGCAUAGUGAUAUCUGAAGACAAUGUGGACGGAGACAUGGUGAAAUGGGUGGUGGAAAACUUCAAAUUUUCUGUAAAACAGCCGAUUGAGGCAAUCGUGACGAAGGAUGAGUUGCAGCACCUUGCUUCUCUGUGCAAGUCUGAAGUUGACUCAAUGGGCCGCAUAACUGCUGGUGUCCUGCGGUUACUUAAGCUGGAGGGGUCCAUUGGUCAGGCAGCCAUCAAUCAACUAAACAAUCUUGGAAGUGAAAGCUUUGACAAGAUUUUCACCCCGGAGAAGCUUAGUAAUGGUAGUAGCAUUGACAGUAGUGGGUUCAGUCCACAGUCAAGUAUCACUGGUGAAAGCCAGCAGCCUUCAACCUUGCUGUUGACAGUGGCUUCACUUGAAGAGUUAGUCUUGGAUUCUCAGGCAAAAUGUUCAGCUCUUACUGCCGAAUUAUGCAGUUCAGAAUCUUCCGUACAGCAUCUUGCUGAAAUUGUACAACUCACUCAGAAACUUGAGAGUAUGCAGCGUUUAUUGACACGACUUCGGACUCAAAUCUGAUUGGCCCUUCCUUGUCUUUGGUUUCUGUACAAUUUUGGGAUAAAAGUAUCCCAAUCAUAUAGUUUGGAUUUUUUUUUUUGUAUAUAUAUAUAGAUACAAUACGUGAGUGUGUGUAUCAAUUAGGCGAAUUCAAGAGAAUCAUAGAUCCAAUUAAAAAUUUUGUAUUUCACUUUUGUAUUCAAAUUUAUGAUCAUAAAGAAAUACGUCUCAUGCUUGACCCGAUAGUUUCUUGGUGA